AUGAUAAAUGAGCAUUGGCUUUAACUUAAAGUCAACAAAGCCUUAACUCCUAACAAGAGAGUUAGCUUGUCCUUUAAUGCUUUGAAGCCAAGCAUUAAAAUUCUCCUCUCUAGCUAUGAAAGUCCUAGAUGGGAUGUUCUUCCAAUACAAGGCUGUUUUGUCCACAUUGAAAAUCUGUUGUUUAAUGCAGCAGGCUCCCCACCCCUGGUUCAGGCCUUGCUCUGGAUCAGGCUCUGGUUGAAGAGAAUAUUGUGCCUGGUUUGAUCUUCUAUCCAGAUCACUAAAAUUUUCUCCAUGUCAGCAAUAAGUGCUGUAUUACUUUUUUAUCAUUUGUGUUGGGCCAGGAAGAGGAAAGCCCCUGGUCAGAUGCAGAAGGUUAUGGCAGUAAAAGACCCCUCGCCCCUCCUCGUGCACAGACCCUUUUACAAGACAAUAGUGAGCCAGGAGCCGGUCACCCCUCUGGGCUUCCAGGAGCGCAACCUCGCCCGCGAGCAGAGAAGCGGGUCCCAGAGCAGGUCUUCCGGGCUCCCGCCGCCCCUCGGGGCGCCCGCGGCGGUCCAGGACCCCGGGGCCCCCUCCCAGCCGUCGCCAGGCGCAGCCCUGCUGGCUCGCGGGUCCCGGCGCCCCCGGCUCCGUGACGCCGCCGCCCACAGUCCUUGGUGCUGCUGGCAGGGUGCGUGGAGGGACGUGCAGCGCCCCGUGCCUGGCCCCCCACCCCUUAGCCGCAGAGGGUCUAGGCAGCGCGGACCCCCGGCCUCCCGGAGCCCCGUCCGGGACGCGGGCUCCCCGCGCCCCCGGCCUCCCUCCCCCGGGCUACGCAGACCCGCAGCAAAGCCGGAGAGUUACCCGCCGAGGCCCAGGCGCGGCGACCGCAGAGGCGGGUCGGGCUCCGCGGCCGGGAGCCCGCUGCUCGCCGCCGCCCGCCCCGGCUGGCUGCUGCCUCUCCCGCGGCGCCUGCCGCAUCCGGCCGCCGAAGCCCUCGACUGGCAGAAACCGGAGGAAGGUGGCGCGGGGCAGGCGGGAGUCCUUCCCCCCGGACCCUGGCGGGGGAGCGGAGGAGGGCGCAGCGCCGCCCGCAGUCCGAGGCACCCGCCGGCCGCGCGCUGCCCGCUGCGCCCGGGUCCGGAUCCCCGGCGGCCGCGGGCGGCUCCUCCUGCUCGGCGACCCGCGCCAGACGCGCGGUGGCCACGGGCGCCCCCAAACUCUGGGAGGAAGGCGCUGGCAGGGAGGACGCGGCGGAACUCGCCGGCCCCCGGGGCGGCCAGCCGGGCGCUCAGCGGAUCCCCUACCUUUCGGGCAGGGCGGACGCCAGCCGCGCGCCCUCGCCGGGCGUCCGGGGUAGGAAAAUCACCGCGAAGGGAGGGCCCGGGAAAGGCGGCGGGUGGCUUCAGGACAAGGUUCCAUCUUCAUUACUGCUUUUCAACACAAAUGUGUGGAACUGAUUUGGCAGCGACAGAGAAAACAGUCCUUGGGUCGAUGGAUGGGCACCCAGGAGAAAAACUGAGUCAUCAGAAUCGUCAUUCUCUUCUGUGGGGGAAGGAAAAUUCCAGGAUCAUCUCAUUCAAAAUUUAUGCAGUUGAACAAAAGGCCACGAAAAGCCAAGAUUCUUCUGAAGAAGAAAAAGGUCACAGACCCCCUGCGGGUCCUCCCUGGCCUGUUAGAGGCCGGGCCCUGUGGCAGGAGGGGGGUGACGGCGAAGGAGGCUUCCAUGGUUUUGCUGCCGCUCCCAUCGCGCUUGCAUCACCACGUGGGCUCCGCCUCCUGCCAGAUCAGCAGCCUCAUUGGAUUCUCCUAGGAUCACGAAUCCUACUGCGGACUGCGAACGCCAGGGAUCCAGGUUUCCCACUCCUGGGGAGUGGUUAUGGAUGAAAUUAGCAUUUAAAUUGGUGGACUUUGAGUAAGCAGAUUGUUUAAAGGGAUGAAGUGGAUCUCAUUCCAAUAAUUGAAUAGAACAAAAGACCAGUUUCCCCCAAGCAAGAGAGAAUUCUCCAGCAGAUGGCCUUCAGACAAGAACCGUACCAUCAUCUCUUCCUUGAUCUCUAGCCUGCUGGCCCAUCCUGCAGAUUUUAGACUUGCCAGCCUCCAUUAUCAGAAUACCUAGAAGAUUCUAGAAGAGGAAAGAGCUACCUGACAGAAAAUCUCAGUCCAUUUUUUCUUAAUUGUAAUCAAAUAAGCUGAAUCACACAUUACACAAUUGAUUACUUAAUAAACACUCUUGAAUUUUUCUUA